UAAAAACUGACUCGUCUGGAUUUCCAUCGGUAGGUUCUUCUAUAUUUCAUUCCGACUAAUCCUUCCCCAUCACACGAGGCCCACACCUAGAACGGAAAUCUUAAAUAGUACCGACACUUCACCACUUUCACCUUUAUUCUUACUUUCUCUUUCACACAUACUGCGAGUACUAAAGUUGGUUUUACCAAAAACAACAAAAACGACAAUGGUUAAGCCCGUCGAAUACGCCGGUCUCUCCGGACUCAAAGCCUUCGUGCGGCCUCUCGCUCUCUCCGAUCUCGACAGCUGCGUUGAGGUCGAAAGCGCCUUCCCCGAGCAAGAACGCUGCUCAAGAGAAAAGUUUAUCUACCGCCUGACGGUAUGUCCGGACCUGUGCCUGGGCCUAUUCGUAGAGAAGACCCCCGGACAACCGCAGCUCAUCGGCCACGUCAUCGCCACACGGGUCUCCACAAACAGAGUGCUAGAUGCCUCCAUGGAGAUGCCCGAGAACUGGACCGGUGGCCGGGAGGUCGUGCGGGACCAGGACGGGCAGGUGGUCGGCAACGACUCCAACGGCCGGUUUGUCGGCGUGCACUCCUUGGCGAUCCGGGAUGAGUACCAGCGUAAAGGGCUGGGGAGAGCGCUGAUGGAUGAGUAUAUCGCCUAUGCGCGCGACAGCUUCGACUCGGCGCAGAGCAUUGUCAUUAUCGCGCACGACCACUUGAUUAAGUUCUAUACGAGCUUUGGGUUUGAGAACCUGGGGCCCAGUCCGUGUGCGUUUGGUGGUGGUGGCUGGUAUGACAUGGAAUUGAGCCUUUAGAUUGGGUUUUUUGGGGGGUUUAGGUAUGUGAUGGGCGCAUGAAGAAACGGAGAGAUUACUGCGCACGAAGGGCAGCAGUG